AUGUCGGCAUACCCGGUUACCUUCAACGGCACCGGCGGCACCGGAGGUGACUCGCUCCAUGAUGACCUCAACAUUUACUACAAUGCUGGUGACAUUGCGUGGGUGGUCACCUCGUCGGCCCUUGUCUUGCUGAUGAUUCCCGGUGUUGGUUUCUUCUACUCGGGUCUGGCACGCCGAAAGUCGGCACUCUCCCUGAUCUGGCUGUCGAUCAUGUCGGUCGGUGUGGUCUCGUUCCAGUGGUUCUUCUGGGGCUACUCACUGGCCUUCUCCCACUCGGCUGGGAAAUAUAUUGGUGAUCUGGAGAACUUUGGUAUGAAGGGUGUUCUGGCUGCCCCAUCGGUGGGAAGCGACAAGGUCCCCGAUAUCCUGUUCGCGGUCUUCCAGGGCAUGUUCGCAUGCAUUACUGUUGCUCUCGCUGUUGGUGCUAUUGCUGAGCGUGGCCGCAUGCUCCCCUGCAUUGUCUUCAUGUUCAUCUGGACGACUAUCAUCUACGAUCCCCUUGCCUGUUGGACGUGGAAUGCCUCGGGCUGGGUCUUCAACAUGGGAGGUCUUGACUUUGCGGGCGGUACUCCUGUCCACAUUGCUUCUGGCUCGGCUGCUCUGGCCUAUUCACUGAUGUUGGGCAAGCGUCGUGGCCACGGCACCCACGAGUUGAACUACCGCCCUCACAACGUCACCCACGUGGUGAUUGGUACUGUCUUCCUCUGGGUGGGAUGGUUUGGAUUCAACGCCGGCUCUGCUCUGUCUGCCAACCUGCGCGCGGUCAUGGCCGCCGUCGUGACCAACCUGGCUGCGUCCGUGGGUGGUGUGACCUGGUGUCUGCUUGACUACCGUUUGGAGCGCAAGUGGUCGACGGUCGGAUUCUGCUCGGGCGUUAUCGCCGGCCUGGUUGCCAUCACCCCGGGAUCGGGCUUUGUGACGCCGUGGGCAGCCUUUAUCUUUGGUGUGGUCGGUGCCAUUUCGUGCAACUAUGCCACCAAGCUCAAGUUCCUCCUGCGGGUGGAUGACGCCUUGGAUAUCUUUGCCGUCCACGGGAUUGGUGGAUUGGUUGGCAACCUGUUGACUGGUCUUUUCGCUGCGAACUAUAUCGCGCACCUGGAUGGAUCCACCGAGAUCGAUGGCGGCUGGAUCAACCACAAUUACAUCCAGCUGGGCUACCAGCUGGCUGACUCGGUUUCUGGAUUUGCCUACUCGUUCUUUGGCACGUGUAUCAUCCUGUUUAUCCUCAACCUCAUCCCGGGCCUAAGCCUGCGUGCUCCCGAGGAGGACGAGGUGAUGGGUAUCGAUGACGCCGAGAUUGGCGAGUUCGCCUAUGAUUAUGUCGAAGUUCGACGCGACAUUGUCAACGGCAUCGAGUCCAGUGAGACGACCUCCAAGCGCACGAUCACCCCGACCGGCGAGACCCCCGAGGAGAUCAACACGAAGGUCUGA